AUGAAUUCUACUACUAAAUGGUUUGCCAUGAAUAUUAUAUUGCUCAACUUCCUUCCAAUCCUUCCUUCUUCCACUUCCAUUGCCAUUGUCUCUAUAAAGCCAAACCAACCCAUGAGAGAUGGCGAUGUUCUUCUCUCUAGUAAUAAAAUCUUUGCACUUGGGUUUUUCAGCCCGGCCAAUUCUCGUAACCGGUAUGUUGGAGUUUGGUACAACAAAGUUCCAAACCAAACCAUUGUCUGGGUUGCAAACAGCGACAAUCCCAUAAUUCCUGUCACUGAUAAUAAUGCCUCUGGAGUUGGACUUCUAGCUGUUCAUGGAAAUGGAGGCCUGGUCAUCUAUGGGAAGGACCAAAAUACCCCUCUUUGGUCUGCUAAUGUUUCAGUCUCUUCGCCAAACAAUUCCAUGACAGCCAAGCUUCGGGAUACAGGAAAUCUUGUUUUGCUUGAGGAGGACAAUGGUUUUAGCCAAAGGGUAUUGUGGCAAGGCUUUGAUCAUCCCACAAAUACAAUGCUUCCAUUUAUGAAACUUGGGCUGGACCGGCAGUCCAAGUUGAAUCGGUUCCUCAAAUCAUGGAAAUCUCAAGAUGAUCCGGGAAUCGGUAACUAUUCAUAUCGGAUCGACCCAAGUGGGUUUCCGCAGGCCUUUUUAUACAAGGGUCAAGAUCCGCGCUGGCGGGCUGGGUCGUGGAUCGGAGAGAGAUGGAGCGGUUUGCCCGAAAUGACAAACUUCAUAUUCAACGUUAGUUUUGUGAACAAUCAAGAUGAGCUAUUUAUUGUGUAUGGUAUGACGAAGGAAUCAAUCUUCUCGAGGAUGAUUCUUGAUGAAUCAGGAACCCUUGUACUGUCCAGGUGGCAUGAUCAAGGGCAGCAAUGGAUCAAGUUUUGGACUGGCCCAAAAGAGGAGUGUGAUAAAUAUGGGAAGUGUGGUGCCAAUAGCAAUUGUGACCCGUUCAAUACGAGUAAGUUCGAGUGCACGUGCCUACCUGGAUAUGAACCCAAGUCGCCACAUGACUGGUAUUUGAGAGAUGGGUUGGGUGGGUGCGUGCGGAAAAGCGGAGUAUCCAUGUGUGGAAACGGGGAUGGGUUCGUGAAGGUCGCACGUGUGAAG